GGCUGUCAAAAUGGCGUUGAAAUCAAAACAAACGCGCACGGAUUUUCAGAAAAAAGUGUUACAUCUCUGGUGAAAUUCGAUGAAGAACGCACAAUAGGUCGCGGUAGUGGAAAUUAUGUCCCAACACUACAAGAACUUCCUCAGUCUGCUGGAGCGGUGGCCGCUGGACAAGAGCAAAGUAGGCCGUGAUUUGGGGCAGUAUUUGCGGGAUCAGCUGAAGGCGGUACUUGGAUCGUCGAACAUUAUCGCCGUGAAGGACGACCGGUUGAACGGCCAGUUCCGGGCGCUGGAGAACAUCGUGAACGACGUACACGCCAAGAAGUAUCCGCGUACGCUUAGCUCUACCGCCACCGGUCUGUCGGGCGAACAGUGCCGUGAAGUGCUGUCUACCGAGUUCCUGCAGAUAUUGCAAAACAAGCAGAGUAGCAAAAAGGAGGAAUAAGGGAGUCACGAUGAUGUGGACG